UCGACACCCACCCAGUGCAUUCACUGCGGUGCACAGGCAGUCCAAUCAGAGUGAACCGGUGCUAAGCUGACCGGAGGAGGGCUGUGAUUUUCAGCACGGUGCUCCCUUGCAUUUUAAAUCCCCAGUCUGCACAAAAGGGAUAACAAGAGGUUUGAAGAGGAGGAGGAGGUGGAGGAGGAGAAGGCAGGGCAGCCUUUCUCAAGACAGCAGCGUAUUUUACUCAGCUGUUACAAGGAAGGGAGGAGGAUGCAGGCAUAAAGAGGAGGAAAAGCAGCACCCUUUCAAACACCUGCUGAGAGCUGCUGUGGGGCCUUCCUCGUCUUUGGCCUUUUAUCCUCUUUGUUUUGAUGCACUUUCCAUCCUCUCUCAUUUCCUCUUCUCUCUAAACUGUUAUUUUUUUUGGUGCCUUCACUGGUGUCUGGAACAAAAGCUACUUCGCCUUUUUUCCCCUCGGUGGUGUUGGUUUUGCAUCGCAUCAGCUGAGUCAUCAUGUCUGAUCUGACGCCUCAGAGCGAAACCCCCACUCCCACCACCGACAAGAUCACCCAGGCCGCCCGGGAGACCAUUUAUCUCUGCAACUUUCGCGUGUCUGUCGAUGGCGAGUGGCUUUGCCUCCGCGAGCUCAACGACAUCUCCCUCACUCCAGACCCAGAGCCGGCCCAUGAAGAUCCCAAGGACCCCAUUGCAAUCGAAAGGCUUAACUUGAUGAACAUGGCCAAACUGAGCAUCAAGGGCCUGAUCGAGUCCGCCCUCAACCUCGGACGCACACUGGACUCUGACUAUGCACCUCUCCAGCAGUUCUUUGUCGUGAUGGAGCACUGUCUGAAACAUGGGUUAAAAACCAAGAAGACCUUCCUGGGGCAGAACAAGUCAUUCUGGGGGGCUUUGGAGCUGGUCGAGAAGUUGACGCCUGAGGCAGGAGAGAUCACCGCCAGCGUAAAAGACCUGCCUGGCCUCAAAACUCCUCUAGGAAGAGGGCGUGCCUGGUUACGACUGGCCUUGAUGCAGAAGAAACUCUCUGACUACAUGAAGACGAUCAUCAACAGAAAGGACCUGCUCAGUGAAUUCUAUGAGCCGAAUGCGUUGAUGAUGGAGGAGGAGGGAGCUGUCAUCGCCGGCCUGCUCGUCGGACUAAAUGUCAUUGACGCCAAUCUGUGCAUGAAGGGAGAGGACUUGGACUCUCAGGUCGGGGUGAUUGAUUUUUCAAUGUACCUCAAAGAUGGUGGACACAGUAGUAAGAGUGCAGAGGGUGACGGUCACAUCACAGCAAUUCUCGAUCAGAAGAAUUACGUGGAGGAGCUCAACAGACAUUUAAGUGCAUCUGUAAAUAACCUCCAGGCCAAGGUGGACGCUCUGGAAAAGUCCAACACGAAGCUAACAGAAGAGCUCGCAGUCGCAAAUAACAGGAUCAUCACUUUACAAGAAGAUGUGGAGAGAGUAAAGGAGGAGAGCUCGUAUCAGAUGGAGUCCAGGAAGGCAUCAAGAAGCGACUCAGCACCAGACGGACAAGCGCUGGGUGAAACACGCAAGCAGCUCAAAGAGGAAACUCUGCUUCGAUUGGAUGUGGAGAAGGAGCUGGAGGUGCAGAUCGGGAUGAAGCAGGAGAUGGAGCUGUCCAUGAAGAUGCUGGAGAAAGACAUCUGUGAGAAGCAGGACGCUCUGGUGGAGCUCAGACAGCAGCUGGAAGACCUUCGUGCCAUCAACCAACAGCUUAGCCACAAGUCGCAGAGCGCAGAUGCCAGCUCUAAACAUAAGAGUGAAGCCAUCGCUCGCCUGGAGGAGAAAAUAAACCAGAUGACAGGGACUGUAAAACAGAUGGAGACCAGAUGCAAACAGGCUGACAGAGAGAGGGAUCUGGCUUUAGAGGCCAACCGGCUCUUCAAACAGGAGUUUGGAGACAAAAUCGAGAGUCUGCAGGUGGAGGUGGAGCAGCUGAGGAGGAACAGGUCUUAUCUGGAGCUGGAGCUGAGGAAGGAGCGAGAGCGCAGGAGUGAGCAUCAUCUCGACGCUGCAUCCAGACAGUCCAGCACUCCUCGGAGGGAGAGGAGACACCCAGAGAGCAUACCAAAACAUCCUCCAGAAUCCCCAUCAGUCAAAAGGGAGAAUGAGCAGUUAAACACGGCAGCAGAGGAUAAAACAAGUCUGAGCUCCAGCCUGUCCUCAAGGUCACACCAUGAGGAUGAACAGGAGUCCUUUGUGGAGAUCAGUCAGCCCUCCAUCUGUACGCUGUGUGAACAUGACGACUCCCUGCUGAAGACAAAGAAACAGUGUAAGAACUGCAGCGGGGUUUUCUGUGAGAGCUGUGUGUCCAACGAGCUGCCGUUGCCUUCCUCCAUUCUCCCAGAGACUGUGUGUACCGCCUGCUUCUCUCUGUUACUCCAACAAUACGCUUCAACGCCAACAUGAAACCGCAUUUUACUACAAGACACGAUGAUCAGACACACGGAAACCAGAGGCAUUUAUUUUGUACAACUGGCACUGCAAAAAUGCACUUUUUGACUUCAUGAUGUUACGAAAGAUCUGAUGGAGUCCUGCGAGUCCUGGACUUGCGAUAUUUUAGUUACUCUAAUUUAGGAAUGUCCAAACUUGAGCGCUGUUCGGGUGCAGGUUUGCAUUUUUCAAAUACUGGUGUCGCUGUAAUUCUCCCGCUCUGGCUGAAAGUGUGUGUUAAGCUGCUGUGGUAUUUGUUUAGUGAAAACCUGCACUCAACAAAGCUGUAAAAUGGCACCUGAGUGGAGAUUGCUGAUAUAAAAAACCAACUUGAAUCAUCUCAUGCAUUAAAAAAAUGACUUUCCACAAGGUCCACUAAGUGGAUUAUUGAUUAAAAGGUCAACUGACAUAAUAUAUUUUUUAUAUAAUUUAGUUUUAAAAGAUAAAAAAGGAAAAACUGGUUUAAGCCACAGCUGUGCUCCAAUAUAACGCACCUGUUAAUCAUACACAGAUCAGUGUGUGAUGUAAACAGUGAUGAAUUAAAGUUUUCAUCAUUUCACUCAAAUGAAGCAUGAAUUUUUACACUUGUAUGCUCAAAGUGGCAUCUAAUUCAGGGCGAUACUGACAAAAAAUAUCCCAAACACUUCAGACCAAAUACUAUACUAUGAUAUUAAGCAUGUGUUAGUAUUUUAGGAAAGCCUAUAUGUGCUGUCAGAAGAUUUUUAUACACUUGAAAAUUGUUAAAAAUAAUCAUAUAUACAGAAACAUGAAUGAUACAUGAAGUAAUAAUGAGUAAAGAAAAUUGUAAAGCUGUAAUGCAGAAUUUAAGACCAGAAAAAGACGAAUCAAACUGUGGCGAUAACCAAAAUCCUUCAUCUAGUCUCUUAUCUUGAUAUCGAUGUUUCAUGAACAUAUCAUCGAGCUCUGGUGUUCAGACUGGAGAGGAGAGUUAAUAAUGCUGUUCGACAUUUUGGGUACUGCGCUUAUUCUCUUUCUCAAGUAGAAUUAGAUGAGAAGAUUGAUACCUGUCUCAUGUCUGUCUGUUUGAUAUGAAGCUGCAGCCAGUUAGCUUAGCUUAGCGCAAAAACUGGAAACAGGAGGAAACGGCUAGCUCGGCUUAGAGGUGCUGGCGGCAGAUUUUAUUUCCUCUGGACUGAGCCAGGCACUCUUUAUGUACAUUUAAAGCCCCCCUCCACUCAGUUUUACUUCCUGUUUGAUGGUUAACGCUCUCUCUAACCGUAGCAACCAGACUGCAGCUAUAGUAGUUUGUAAAAUAGCAAUAUGGCACUUACUUUGAUGGAUUUACUGAUAUCAGAGCACAGAUGAGACGGCAAUUAACACAUCACACUGAGUUUCUCUUUGACUCACUCUCGUCUUUACUGCCUCCUCCUGCUGCAGCUAUCGGUUGUGUAGUAACGAGGCGCCGUUUGGCUGCCAGUCACAGUCCAUAACAGGAGGGAUAGAUAUGUUGCUGAGGCUCAAUGUUUGAAAUGGAGCUAUGGGACGUUUAGGAGGGGUGCCAUCCACCAGCAUCAGCCCCUCCCGCCAUAGGUCAGCACCAUCACUGCCCCGAGCAGUACUGUGAUUUCUAGCCGAUGGUGGUGGACGGUGCAACCUUUCAACACGUUCUGAAACUGCAUUUUUAGAUGGUGGACCUAGGUAACAUGUCUGUCCAUCCUGCAGUGUGCUGAGGCCAGGAGACGGUAAAGAAGAGACCGAGUGAGAGACAGUCGGUAUUGCAGCCAUUCAGUGCGCACAGGCUACAAAUGCCAUUAUGAAAUUUAACGACACACUAAGGUGCAGGGAAACUACUAAGAUACUACGAUGUCUGUGGUGUUUAUGACAGUGCACCUGCACAAGCUUGGAGGAUGUAUGACUUGCAGAUUCUUUUACAGCCAUGUCAUCUUCCAGUUUUAGCAACAACCUUCUAUUUUUAGCUUCGACCACAUAAUUAUUCAUCAAAAAAUAUUUGGCGAACAGUGAGUGUGGUUAAAAAACAUUGUCAGGAUGUGACUAAGAAAAAUAUGAAAUACAAAAAUGCCACAAAAAAUGAAGGGGGGACUGUAGCUUCAUAUUUACAGCGCAGACAGAAGAGUGGUAUCAGUUAGAGACGGCCAUUUUAAGUAACCUCCAUUUUCGAGUAGUACAUAAGUUAGGCGCAGAUGCCGAGCCAAUUUCCUCCCAGUCAAUUCACCAUCUGCCCGGUCAGCAUGAAUUAACACAGCAGCAGCAGCUAACAUCCAUCACCGAGCUGUUAAACAGUCCCAAAAAACUCACACCACAAUAGCUCGAGUCAUUCAUUAAACUCAUUAAUAGCUGUUAGGUAGUGUUAACUGUGUGAUGCUAACAGUCAGCCCUGUUACUGUGUGUGUGUGUGUGUGCGGGCAGGCAGGCCAACUCUCACUAACUGUUCCCUGGUGUGGAGCUCACACUCCCAGCGCAUAUCCCAAAAUGUCAGACUAUUCCUUUAAGUUUACACAUCUUAAUAUUCUGGGUAAAAUCUUUCUUCACUGUUGCCGUUUUGUUCUGUAUUAGUUAGAAGUUAACAAAAACGCUCCAACAUUAAAAUCAUCUCCCGGUUUUAAAUAUUUGGUCACAUCAGAGUUUAUCUCAAACAGUGCUGCAGUUAAAUCAUAAAAUCUAACAUUCGGAUGUUUAGAUUCUCGUCUUGUCUCUGGGUAAUCUCUUCUUCUGGGCGUCUGAACAUAUGACUGCACUUUUAAAUGCAUGGCUCUCUGCCUGACCGGUUUGAAGUGGGCGAAUCAGUGCAUCUUUAUAACAGCUGUUCUUGUGUUUUGGUGAUUUAUAUGAAGAAUAGAAAGAAUAGAAGCUCUAUAAAACAGCGUAGUCGUUCUUGUUGAAGCUAAUUAACACGUGAAAUGGAAAUGCUUCUUAGAGCAACAAUAAACUUUUAUUAAAUUUUA